AUGGAUCGCCUUCUGGAUGAAAGCGAGAGUGCUGCUUCCAGCCAGGCCCCAUCCCCCCCCUCCCACUACCUCUAACAGCAGCACCAGCCAGUCUGAGAAGGAAGACAGCGCCGCCAGCAACACUAACCAGAACGGGGUAUCUUCCAAUGGCCCCUCAGACAUGCCAAGCUGCAGAGAUGAUGCUGUACAAGGAAGUGUGCAUUUAAAUGGCCCCAGCACUGGCGAACCUCCUUCAAUUGAGACCGACACCAACGGAUACAACCGGGACAGCCUUGCCGGUGACCCUAAAUUCAGCCUGGCUAACAAUGCCAGGAGCGACCGAGAGCCAGACGACGCCAGCGAACGAUCUGUGAAAAGACGGCGAUACGACAGCCCCGGUAAAGACAGCCCCAGAUCGUCAGACAUUUCUCAGGAAAUCUUUUCGCAAGGAGAGGUCUAA